CUAUACGAACCAAAACUGGUCUCUAUUUGUUUUUUAGGCAUUUAUUACUAGAGUUUCAGAGAAGUUCAACUUGUUCUCUGAAAUUGAAAUUAUUAAAUUCUUAUUAAAAUGAGGCAAUAUGGUCCUAAGCAUUUAAUAUGGAUAUUAAUUAUAUCCGGCAUUCUUAUAAAAGCCGAAGACGUUGGAGAUGAAUGCACCCCAAAUAACCAGAUAUCUGAAGGUAUCUGUACUCUGGUGAAUGAUUGUCCUCAGGCUGUAAUGGCAAUAAAAAAUAAAAGGUUUCAACCAUUUCAAAGAUGUGGAUUCAGAGGAUUUCAGGAGAUAGUUUGUUGCCCUACAACUGUGGACAAAUUUGGUCAAACAGAGAAAACAAGAACUAUUAAACGAAUUGCUGAACGAGAAUGUGACAAAAUCAUAUCUUCAACUGUACCUCCGCUCGACCUGUAUAUACUUGGCGGGGAAGCUGCAUCGAUGGGAGAAUUUCCUUACAUGGUUGCUGUUGGCUUCGACCGUGGUAAUGGUUACGAAUUCGAUUGCGGAGGUUCGUUGCUAUCCAACCUGUAUGUACUGACAGCUGCGCACUGCGUCGACACAUUGGAUCGGAUAGAGCCCAGUUUGGUGCGCGUCGGUGUUAUAGAGCUGGGCAGCAACGCUUGGACCGAGGGCACGGACUACCGCAUCGCGCAAAUCAUAACCCACCCGAAUUACACCAGACGAGAGAAAUACCAUGACUUGGCCUUACUCAGGUUGGAAAAAGCAGUCGCAUUCUCGAGCAACGUAAAUGCUGUGUGUUUGGAAACGAGUACAGAAGAUCCAACUGUUCCAUUGACCAUCACCGGUUGGGGGAAGAUAAGUAAUACUAGGAACGCUAAAAGCAAUAUAUUACUCAAGGCGAAUGUGACCGCUGUAAAGGCUGAGAAGUGUAGUGAAUCCUACCUGAAUUGGCGUAAACUACCUAAAGGCAUAUCCGACAGUCAGAUUUGUGCUGGAGAUCCUGAAGGCAUCAGGGAUACUUGUCAGGGCGACUCGGGCGGUCCGCUGCAGAUGUGGCGCGACGUGUACCGGCUAGUCGGCGUGACGUCAUUCGGGCGCGGCUGCGGCUCGCCCGUGCCCGGCGUGUACACGCGCCUGUCGCGCUACCUCGACUGGAUCGAAUCUGUCGUAUGGCCCAAUCACGUUUAACUAAUCGCCGUUCGAACGCAAACUAAUAGUUUUUUUUAUUAUUAUUAUUUUCGAACAAUUCUUAACCCUUUGACUGCCGUGUAGGGACACAGGUGCCCUACGUGGCGCACUAAACUAAUUAUGUCGUACUCUGUUACUAAGACCUCUGGAUUGCCCAAAUUUAUUGUAUAUUGAGCCCAUAGACAUCUACAACGUAAAUGCGCCACCCAUUGGUGGCAGGACCUCUUGUGAGUCCGCACGGGUAGGCACCACCGCCCUACCUACUUCUGCCUUGAAGCAGUAAUGCGCUUCGGUUUGAAGGGUGGGGCAGACAUUGUAACUAUACUGAGAACUUAGAAAUCACAACAGGACUCACAAGAGGCCAUACCACCAGUAAUUACGCAAAUUAUAAUUUUGCGGGUUUGAUUUUUAUUACACGAUGCUAUUCCUUCACCGUGGAAGUCAAUCGUGAACAUUUGUUAAGUACACAUUUCAUUAGAAAAAUUGCUACCCACCUGCGGGAUUCGUACACCCGUGCAUCGGAUACGAAUGCACCGGACGUCUUAUCCUUUUGGCCACGACCACUUUUAGAACUGUUAGAACUUAGAUUCAUUCUUAACAUCUUCGGAUUCAUCUUUCCCAGAGUCUACUACAUAUUACGGCGCCUUAGCAACAGAAAUCGACCUAAUUAGUUCAGUGCGCCACGUAGGGCACCGGUGACCUACAUAGCAGUCAAAGGGUUUAUUAGGGCCUUUAGAGUCAGAAUAUCGAGCAUGAAACGGAAUCUCGGAGUAAAUACGAUAUAAAAAAAAAACAUACGUACAGUCAAAAUCUGUUAUAACUGCUCAUAUACAGUCGUAACAACCGUUGAUGUUUAAUGUAUAUCGUGCAAGUACAAACAAAUCGAUAGGGACUUUAAUAAAGCUUCCUCAAUAUUUGUAUGCUUCGUUGUUCUGGCUCGUUUCAUUUUCAAAAAAUUAUUGUCAUAAAGCGUUUGAAUUUUUUCUCGCUCUUUCCAAAUGGUUGAAAUUGUCGAGUGUGAUACACCAUAUUCCUUUGUUAAGUCUUUGUUUGAAAUCCCGCUCUCUAGCUUGGAUAUAAUACGCGAUUUGUCUUCAAUAUUAAUUUGUUUUCUUUUUCUUUGCGACAUUUUGAAAGUUUUGCGAAUAACUCCACAAAGUUUUGGUGCGUCUUGUGUAUAGAUAAGUAACAAACUAACUGAAGAGAUAUGAAGAAGCGGACUUUGACUCUACCACAUGCACGUGUUUUGUUUUUAAGAAUUAGAAAAGACCCUACACUAAACUAAAUCCUAUUGUUUUCUUUCCUGAUUUUAAUAGCCAUUGAAGACAAAUGUGGAUACCUAUUCAAAUUGUUUACAAUACAGCUUAGCCGGUCGUUCUAACAGACCUAAUUCUCCGAAAUAUUAGUUAAAUGUGGUCGUUUUAUGAGGUAUGUCGUUAUUAGCCAUGUCGUAUAAAGCAAUGUUUUUAAUAAGGCGGUCAUAUAGCAUUCAGCCGGGACCUUAGUCCUAGUUUAUUAUAACCGGCAUGUUGUUCUAAACGAUGUCGCAGUAAACGGUUUUGACUGUAUUUCAAAUGCUAAGCACCGAAAUACAAAUUUUUCUAUUUUUUUAAAUUAAUUAAUUUCUUUUCGAAUUUUCUUACUUGACAUGAUUAUGUCGCAUGUGUGACUCCAUUGUCGCUCCGUGACUUCAAUUUUCCAGUGACUUGCUCACAAUUUUAUUACCAGAAUCCGCCAAUACACUGAAACUACUUUUGGGCAUAUAAAAAUGUAUCUUUCGUGUUUAUUAAAUGGUCAUUUAUGGAUUUAAAACAGUUAGAAAAAUUUGUCAACGUGCCCAUUAGGUACCCAUAAUUUUUUUCUGAAUCCAUAAACUUCCCAAUAUACGUGUCGACUGUGCCUCUUAGAGCGUCUCAUUUGCUUAGUCUUCCCAAUGCUCGUGUCUUUGGUCUAAUUGGUCAAGUAUAUCGUCUAUACAAUUAAUUUAAAAUUGCCAUAUUUGAGAUCAGACACCACAACUCGUUUCACUAUCGAACAUUGUUUCUAUAAUCCACGAAUCUUAUCUUAAUCUACAUUAAUAGGUUGACAUUUGUAUCGUUCGAACUUGCCAAUAUCUAGACUGAAGCACUCGUCUUAAAUCAAUUUCUAUCCAACCGACUCUAACUCUCAGCCAGCUAUGUGUUAGAACUCUCUCAUCUAGGCUCAAGAUUAAAAUGACCAUUUAAUUUAAAAAACAAUAGAAGCAAUCGAAACACGAUAUUCUGGUUAUUAAUAUGUAAAAAGUGCAAACGAGUUAAACACGUUUUGUACAUGUUGCUAUAAUACAUUCUAAAAAGUCAUGCCUCGUAAUAUCCUAAGUGCCAUUUAGCAAGAGUAUACGUCACAACAUUAAUUACUAAGUUUACGCAAACAAAGAUUUGGCAUUUAGAUUUUGUUAAACAAUAUCUUAGCAAUCUGUGUAUCUAACAUCAAUGAUGGCAUCUUUACCCUUUUUAUAAGUUGAUUUGUCUCCAGAAAUUAUGAAAUUUCAAACAAAUUCACCAAUUACUAUUUUAAACGGUCAUCGCAAGUCGUAGCAUUAAUAUUGUAUUUUGACAGUCUAAUUUACUUUUAUUAAAUUUCUAAUGUUUCGAAGAACAAGAAGAAUCAAUAAAAAACGAAGUUACCUUAGCUGGUGUGCUACAGUAAAAUUCAGAAAGGGUAAAUUACCAAUUGACUAUAUACAGAAUAAGUUGUUUUCCUAUUAAUAAAAUAAGUGCAAUUGUAAGUUAUAUGUAACAAUUAUAGAUAUUAAAUAAAUGACACAAUUAAACAGGGUAACAUUAAGCUCUCUAAGAUGAGCAAUUUCUACAUUUUAAUAAAAAAUCUCUUAUCAA